AUGUUGCAGCCACAAGUAUUACACAAUGAAUGCGCAGCUGACAGACCUAUAGGCCGAUUCUCAGGAAUAUACACUCCAUAUGGAGAACCUGAUUGCAGAGCUUUGGGAACACCGAAUUCUGAGAACAUGGGUGAGCCUGGAAGCCACGACAUGGUGAGUAAGGGGUUGCUGUUCCAAGAUGAGGAGGAGAGGAUGAAUUCAGUGACCUAUGAGGAUGUGCACAUUGACUUCACUGAGGAUGAGUGGAUUUUGCUGAAUCCUUCCCAAAAGAGUCUCUACAUAGAUGUGAUGCUGGAGACAUACAGGAACCUUACCGCUCUUGGGAUGAGAGAAACCAUAAUGGACAAAAGCCCUCUGAAUAUACUCAAUGUGAUAAAGCCUUUGCAUGUUACAGUCACCUUCAAAGGCUUGAAAAAUUUCGUUCUGCAGAGAAGUCGUAUGAUGGUAUUCAGUAUGAUGAAGCCUUUGCAGCUACCACUUUUUCAAAAUGCUCUAAACUCCAAAUACAUCAAAGAACACAUACUAAAGAGAAACGCUAUGAAUGUCAUGAAUGUGGACUAUAGGAAGUGCUCAAAAAUCUGA